GUCUUCCCAUAUAUAUGCAUUAGCCCACGUAUGCAUUACGCCACAUACGAAUUACCCCGCAUAUGAAUUAUCCUACAUAUGACAUGACCUUAAACUUUGUUUCCAUGUUAAAUAAAAAAUAUAUAUAUAUUUCCAUACAGGAUUUUUCUAAAUUUGGCUUUUGUCCAGCCCACAUGUGAUCUAGUAUGCUAUACAUGUAACCACAUAGGUUUUCGAGGCCGUAAAUUCAUAAGGUGCGGACGAGUACAUAGGCGAAAUAGCUGGAGGAGUAAAGAAGUUGGGUUCGUCAUGUCCCGUUAGUCGAGUUCGAUCGCCUCGCUGAAUAUUAUAAAAGGUGGAACCAGCUCCGAUGCCUCUAGUCAGUACGGGACGAUGAAUCCCUCCAGGUCUUUAUGGGGCCCCAUAAGACAUGGUCCUUACGUUAUCACUGUAUUCCUCGUUUGCACGUUGAUUAUCGUACCAUAUGCAUCGGCAGUGCAUCCACGCGUGAGGAGAGCUCAGGAUCAGGAUGAUACUUUGGAAGUCCCUGUAGCGGAGGCAGCAGUGCCUACCGAUUCCGUAGUCGUCAGGGCCGUCGAGAUACCUGAAGAAAGGGUGACGUACGAGGGGGCCCAAGUGUGGCGGGUUGUGGCUACCGAGGAACAGACGGAAUUUGUUGAAUAUCUUCAAGAGACUGGAGAGAUUUCUAUGUGGUCUGGUAAUCACACGGCCCUGGACGUUCUUGUACAUCCUGACGCUAUCCCACGGGUGUCCCGUUUCCUGAGGGACAGAAGAGUCAAAUUCGACGUGGUUAUACCUGAUUUGCAACGAGCUAUAGAUACGGAAAAUCCUAUACCGUCGCCCGAGGAGAUGGAAGAGCUGGCAGGUCGAAAAGGUCAUCGGAUGGAAUGGAGCAGUUAUCACAGACUGGAGGAUAUUCAUGGUUAUCUCGAUUAUUUGGCUCAAACCUUUCCCGAUCUGUGCUCGGUAAUGAGUAUAGGAAAUUCUGUGGAGGGACGACCACUUAAGGUAUUGAGAAUCAGUAAUGGAAAACCGGAUGCACCUGCAUUAUGGAUUGAUGGCGGUAUACAUGCAAGGGAGUGGAUAAGCCCAGCGAGUGUGACGUACAUAAUAAAUCAUUUGGUCGAAAAUAGCGAGGAAAUCGAAGCGGAUUAUUAUAUCUUACCAGUAGUAAAUCCAGAUGGGUAUGAAUACACGUUCCGGGGUGACAGACUGUGGCGUAAAAACCGUAGCAGCCCGGAAAAGGGUGGCGUCUGCAUAGGUGCAGACUUGAAUAGAAAUUUCGGUUAUCGUUGGGGUGGUCAAGGUAGUAGUAAACAGCCUUGUCGAGAGACGUUUGGCGGUUCUGGACCAUUUUCGGAACCGGAAACGAAAGCCAUAGAAAAUUUCUUCCAGACCAGUGCAGCCAAUUUCAAGGCAUACCUAACCUUCCAUAGCUAUGGCCAGUAUAUCCUGUAUCCGUGGGGAUAUGAUCGCAAAGUUCCUCCUGAUUACGCCGACCUGGAACGCGUGGGCCGUCAAGCCGCAGCUGCAAUGAAAGCUGCAGGUGGAGCCGCAAGUGUUUACACCGUUGGUAACAGUGCUACCACCCUUUACGCAGCUUCGGGGGGUUCUGACGACUGGGCAAAGGCAAUUCCCAAGAUCAAGUACACCUACACCAUCGAACUACGUGAUCGUGGUAGAAAUGGUUUCGUCUUGCCAGCUCAUUACAUCAUACCAACAGCCAAAGAAGCUCUGGCAGCUGUUAAGGUCAUCACCGAGGCCUGUAAAACUGCAUAGCGUCGUCCCGUCCUUUAUAUAAAUCGAUUUAAAGAAGAAUUAAGUAAAUGACGAAUCAUUUGUACUGCUUUGCCCAUUGAUUGGGAAUCACUGGAAGACUUAAA